AUGGCCAGUCUGCUCCGCGCUGCUGCGACCUGGGGGCUGUUCCCCUGGAGGGGCUACUGCUCCAGGGGAACGCAGGGCGAGCUCAGCAAAGGCUUUGUGGAGGCUCUGAAGGCAGUUGUGGGGAGCCCGCACGUGUCCACCGCUGCCGCCGACUGUGAGCAGCAUGGGCACGAUGAGUCCAUGCACAGGUGCGAACCUCCAGGCGCUGUGGUGUGGCCCCAGAAUGUGGAACAGGUCAGCCGGCUGGCAGCCCUGUGCUACAGCCAAGGAGUGCCCAUCAUCCCGUUUGGCACUGGCACCGGGCUUGAGGGUGGAGUCUGUGCCGUGCAGGGCGGUGUCUGCAUCAACCUGACCCACAUGGACCGCAUCCUGAAGCUGGAUCCGGAGGACUUCUGUGUGGUGGUGGAGCCGGGCGUCACCCGCAAAACUCUCAACACCUACCUGCGGGACAGUGGCCUCUGGUUUCCUGUGGACCCAGGCGCAGACGCCUCGCUCUGCGGCAUGGUGGCCACGGCAGCCUCCGGCACCAAUGCUGUGCGCUAUGGCACGAUGCGGGACAACGUGCUCAACCUGGAGGUGGUGCUGCCUGGCGGCCGGCUGCUUCAUACCGCAGGCCCCGGCCGGCACUUCCGGAAGAGUGCAGCUGGCUACAACCUCACGGGGCUCUUUGUGGGCUCUGAGGGGACACUAGGACUCAUCACAGCUGCCACCCUGCGCCUGCACCCUGCCCCUGAGGCCACGGUGGCCGCCACCUGUGCAUUUCCCAGUGUCCAGGCAGCCAUGGACACCACUGUUCACAUCCUCCAGGCUGCGGUGCCUCUGGCCCGCAUCGAGUUUCUGGAUGAAGUCAUGAUGGAUGCCUGCAACAGGCACAGCCGGCUGACCUGCUCCGUGGCGCCCACACUCUUCCUCGAGUUCCACGGAUCUGAGCGGGCACUGGCCGAGCAGAUAGAGCGGGCAGAGGAGAUCAGCCAGCACAACGGAGCCUCCCACUUCUUCUGGGCCAAGGAGGCCGAGGAGCGCAGCCGGCUCUGGGCGGCGCGGCACAACGCCUGGUACGCUGCUCUGGCCCUGCGGCCGGGCUGCAAGGGCUAUUCCACUGAUGUGUGUGUGCCCAUCUCCCGGCUGCCGGAGAUCCUGGUGCAGACCAAGGAGGACCUGAAGGCCUCGGGACUCACAGGAACCAUUGUUGGACACGUGGGCGACGGCAAUUUCCACUGCAUCCUGCUGGUGGACCCAGAGGAUGCCGAGGAGUUGCGUAGGGUCAAGGCCUUUGGAGAACAUCUGGGCAGGCGGGCACUGGCACUCCACGGGACAUGUACUGGGGAACACGGUAUUGGGCUGGGCAAGCGGCAGCUGCUACAGGAGGAGGUGGGCGCCGUGGGCAUAGAGACCAUGCGGCAGCUGAAGGCCACGCUGGAUCCCCGAGGCCUCAUGAACCCAGGCAAGGUGCUGUGA